GAACCACCGUCACGGCAAGCCUGCGAUCGUUGCCACGAUCUGAAAUUGCGAUGCCACCGAAUCGAUGCCGGGAAAUGUAGCCGUUGUCUGCGAGCUGGCGCAAGCUGUGUGUUCAGUCCCUCAAAUCGUGGUCGCCGACCCAACCAUCAACUUCGCCGAUCUAACUCCCAAACAUCGCACUGGAUGAGCGAUGGGCCGUCGAAUGUAAAAUUGGCACCACGGAUCGCACAGCGCCUGAGACCACCGGUGGCUAACCUCGACGCGCAGAACCAGUUGAGUCCUCCGGAUCCCUCUGGGACAUGUAGGCUGGAGAGCACCACCCACGCACACCGGGGUCGCCUGGGAAGGGAAGAAGACCCUGCCGAUGACGGCCAGGAGCAAUCUCACGCAAUAUAUACCGAGCAGAUACCGGGUGGCAGUGGCCAUAUUGCCGGGCUAUCGCUACCAGACGUAGGUAUCGGCAUCGACCCUAGCGUCACCAUCCCGGAAAGCUUUCCGCAGUCGCUGAGUCUUCCGGAUGGUCCCAUGGAAUCGGACGUCUUCGUUCGCUUCAGUCGUCCAAGCGAGGCAACCCUCACUCCGAUCACUGAUACUCAUCUACCUCUCUUUGAGCCCUUCUCGGUACUGGGUGUGCCGGAGACCGGUCCCUCGGAGAAUGGCACGGGCCCCACCCAGCAUUUGGACCCGGCACAAGUAGCGGAUGGUGGUCGCAAGGUCGGUCCACAGACGCGUUUUCUCCAGCAGUUCAUGGCAGACCUGUUGGAGAUCGAUAUGGACUUAAUCCGGCACACCUUAGAGGAUCCUGUGCUCUUCGAUUCAACGUCAGUAAACACGAACCCGGGCGGAAAUGGUAACAAUACCCACCCGCCCGACUGCGCGAUUGACACGACUUUUGUUCUCACCCAGCGAUUUAUUCAUCUUUUGCGUCGGGGGGUUACCUGGACCGCUCAGACUAGUGCUGCACAAAUUGCGCAGGGGAAACCGCCAUUGAUGGAAUCAUCCACACUUCCCUCACGGCUCCAGCCGCCGAUCACCAAAACAACCCCUCAGAGCCCCCCGGGCGUUUCGGAGAUCAACUCGCAGCAGCGGGAGACGGGCCUCGACCAACCCUCACUACUACACGCUCUAUCAACUUACCUGCGGCUCAUGGACACGUACCAUAUCACGUUCUCACAAACCGCCGACAAAUUCGGCACUGCCCUGGCCAAGGGCGCGCCGAUUCCACUACCCUCGUUGCAGAUUGGCGCCUUCGCCAUGGACGAUCCUGCCGGGCACAUUGUGUUGGUCAUUCAGUCAGCGCUACAAUUGCUCGAUCGUCUGGGGGAUCUGGUGAAUCAGCUCUCGGCCCCGUUCGUGGCCGAGGAGAUGGGUGAUAUCAAUGUCAGCCGGCCCCUAGGCCCCCCCAGCGGGCCCAAUGCAGUCAAGAUACUCAUGGGGGCGGUUCGCGAACGCGAAAGCCAAUGUAUGCAGAUAGCGGCACGGCUGCAGAAUUGCUGUCGCGAGGUCCAGCGGUCGCGUGGCUAACGCCGGCGAUGGCGAAUCCGAACCGAUGUAACGCAAGAAAGCUAGAAGGGGAUGUAGCCAUCAUGCCUUCUCGAGUUCUCGCUUCUAAAGCAAACGCGGCUGCAUGAGUGGAGCCUAUUAUGUCUAUACAAAGACGGUCAUGAUACGAUGAAAAUCGUAGAUGAUAAACCUUCGUCUUCUGCCGGCGCUGCUGCCAACUUGUAAUCGGUCAUCGGCUCACCGAAUCGGCGAACUUCACAUCGGACCUUGAGGAUUCACGAGCCGGUGGCGGUGGCGGGGGCCCCUUGUAGAAGCUAAGACUCGGUGUCUCUGUGUCCAGACCGCUCUGAAGAAGAAUGCCGCCGUUUUCUGACCGAGGAGCACAUCCCCAAAGCAGUCGAGGUCCUUCAACGGCAGAAGCUAGAGAUAUACAGCUAUGUGAGGCUCCCUCUCCCUCCCAGCAAAGCACUGUCAUCCCGGGUCCUUUCCGGACCGCCAAGAUAACCACUGGGAAAAGCUCACACCAUGCACUGCACUGGCAUUUCUCCCCCAGCCCGCUACCGAACACGCUCCGCCCCGCAAGCGAACGCC